AUGGAUGAAGUACCGGAUGCUGGGUGCUUCCUGUGCCGGAGGGAAAAGUGCCAUAAAGGGUGUCGGGGGUCUGUUGGCAAAAUCAGAACACGGAUGGCGCCCUGGCAGGCGAGGUGGUGGCAGAGAAUGCAGUGUGUCUCCCGGUGGCUGCGUGAUGUCACAGUGGGCCUGGGUCUGCUGCAUGCUUGCCGAGCUGCUGCCAGGAGGGGGACAGCCCUGCCCAGCACAGGUCCGCACCCCAUGCUCCCCUCCUCUGACCCCCACCUCGUGUCUCUGUCCUUCCCAGCCAAGCCUGGCUAG